AGAAUCCUAUAGUGGAAAUGAUAAAAGCUAUAUUCGGGCAAUCACAUCACACGAUGUCUUUACUAUAUGUCGCGCUUUUAGAUCAUGUCGGUCAUAGGAUAUACUCGGGAAAAGAGAUGUUACGUUACUAUUCACAGGGGUUUAAGGAAUUUCAACAGAAGUUGCAGAAACUAUUGGGAAAAAAUGGAGUGUUAAUUUAUCCAACUUUCCGAAACACAGCACCUUUUCCUGAACUGGCUUUCGGUGAACUACCAAACAUCGUCUUGUACUCCUCUUUGGUUAAUGUCCUCGGCUUCCCUGCAGUGCAAAUACCAAUGGGGCUCAACAGCAAGGGAAUGCCCAUGGGUCUUCAGGUGAUAGCUGCGCCAUAUCAGGACCGUCUCUGUUUGGCUGUUGCAAAGGAGUUAGAGACGGCCUUCGGUGGUUGGGUACCACCUUCGAUAUCAGCUACGAACAAUUAAGACAUUGUCGAUUUUUUAACUUACUUAUCUUUCAUAUCUACUGUUCGGUAAAUAUACAGAUACCCGUUAAAAAACUUUUUUUAUAUCAUUAUGUAUAGAAUAUGUCCAUAUAUCAAAAUGUACAGAAACUUUUGUCGGUUGUCGUGGUGCGCAAGUGAGAUGAGUAAAACUGAGCAGAAAAUUUAUGUACCAUGUUGCAAAAUUCGUAAUAGUUAAUAAAGAAUUAAUUUCAUUUGUAUGAGCUAAUGAGCGCACAGGAAGCGGUAAGCUACAUUGUAUUUAAAGAAUAAUGACUUGUUUCUUUAGAUUUAGCAACAAUGAGUAUCAAUUUAUAGCGAGAGGCGUGUUUCUUUGUUGCACGCAACUUUGCGUCAUUUGUUGUACCUAACGAUAAAUUUAAGAUUCGAAGUUCAAGGUUCAAUAUACUGAUGUCUGUCGCUAGGUUCAAUAUACUGAAGUCUGCCGCUAGGUACAACAGCUGUCAUGUACUUGUAGGCCAUUCAGAACAAGAAACAUUAUAAUUUUGCAAAUAACAAAUUUUUCAGUCUUUAAUUAAAGAAACCUCUAUGCAUGACCAUUCUUAUGCAUUAAUAACUCGAAAUUUUGCGUUUGUUUAUGAAACGGUAGAGGACUUUUCUGCUCAGUUUAAUCCUUUCUAUCUGUACACAAACGGUUGUACGAAACAUACCAAACACCCAGUAUAUA